AUGGCAGUCCGCGCACAGUUCGAGAACUCCAACGAAGUCGGCGUUUUUUCGCGCCUGACCAAUUCAUAUGCCAUCGUGGCUAUCGGCGCUUCUGAAAACUUCUACAGGUAUUCUACUCUACUUCACAUUCCCACCGGACUCGGUCGAUUACACAUACUAAUGCAGACCAGUGUAUUCGAAGCUGAACUCCAAGAUGUCAUCCCCAUUUGCCAUGCUACCAUCGCUGGAACUCGCAUUGUUGGUCGUUUAACUGCUGGAAACCGCAAAGGCCUCCUCGUCCCCACAACAACAACAGACCAAGAACUGCAACAUCUGCGAAACACCCUCCCAGACUCCGUCAAAAUCCAACGCAUAGAGGAACGUCUGUCGGCCCUGGGAAAUGUCAUUUGCUGUAACGACCACGUUGCUCUGAUUCACCCUGAUCUCGAGCGCGAGACGGAAGAAAUCAUCGCCGACGUCCUCGGUGUCGAAGUCUUCCGCCAAACCAUCGCCGAUAACGUCCUCACAGGCUCGUACAUGGCGCUCUCCAACCAAGGCGGAAUCGUUCACCCCAAGACCUCCAUCCGGGACCAGGACGAGCUGUCCUCGCUCCUCCAGGUACCUCUCGUCGCCGGUAGCGUGAAUCGCGGAUCCCCCGUCGUGGGAGCAGGCAUGGUAGUCAACGACUGGAUGGCCGUCACUGGAUUGGACACGACAGCGACAGAGCUGAGCGUUAUCGAGAGUGUGUUCCGGUUGGGUGAGAUGGGACCCCGAGGAGUUGGAGUUGGAGGCGGUGCUGGGACGAAUAAAGAAAGUAUUGUGGAGAGUUUCUAUUAA